UUUUGACACUAUAAAUGGUCAUAUUUGUUCUUAAUCGAAAAUAACCAAAGUUAACGCCAAAAAUGUACUUCAAUAAAAUAUUUAUGAUAUUUUUUAUCUUAAGUUCAAGUUUUGGUAAAGCUCCGUAUUACAUUCCCUCAUACUGUGAAGUGUGUAAAUCAUUGGUGGCGUUAAUUGAACAACGUUUGCGUGAAACAGAUCAACCGCAUCAUAUGCUAGGACUUGGUUAUUAUACAGACAACUUAGUACCACGGAGGCAGCAACAUUAUAUUACAUCCGAAUUACGACUGUUGGAAAUAUUGGAAGACGCUUGUUCAAAAAUUUAUGAUAUAAAAUCAACAGCUGAGGCCUAUAAUUCUAGAACACGACAAGUUGAAAAAAAGAAAGAAUUCGAUCUGAGUAAGAAAGAUUUCACCCUUAGAUGUGAAGCUUUAAUAGAAAAACAUGAAAAGGAUAUAGAAGCCUGGUAUUUCAAUUAUCAAGACAUACCAAUGAUCAAAUAUUUGUGUGAAGAUCGUGCAUUGCAACGAAGUAAUCGUGAAUGUUUAGAAUAUAAAGAUGAAAUAUCGUAUUACACUGAAAAUAAUAAAAACGCCUCAAAUGAAAAUUUGGGUGAUUUAAAUGUGGUUGAAAUUCGUUCAGGCAAAUACAUGAAGGAUGUUGAUGUCAAUAAUGAUGAUACAUGA